GAAGUAGGUGACUCGUCAACAACACGACCUGUUCGGAUACGACGAGAUAAGACACGUAGGGAAAGUGUUUGCUGUAUUUUUCGUUUUACUGUCACUACCGCUUUGUCUGUAGCUGUUUGGGCCAGUUUUACGUCGGAAUUUUCGUAAGAUACUAGUGUGACGUCAUAAUGGGUGUAGAAGGCCGUACGAAAUGUAUCAAAUAUAUGUUGUUUAUUCUCAACUUUUUGUUUUGGAUAUGCGGCGCUGCCAUGGUUGGUUUAGGUGUAUGGAUCUUGAUCGACUACGACUCGUUUACAAUAGUAAUGGACAAUCCAUUUUUGAACAGUGCCGUGUACUUACUGAUUUGUGUAGGUGCCAUCGUCACUAUCAUCGCAUUCCUUGGAUGUUGUGGAGCUGUACAGGAACAUAAAGGAUGCUUGACUGGGUAUACCAUGAUGCUGUUGUUGAUGUUGUUAGGUGAGUUCGCAAUAGUUGGACUUGUAUAUUACUUCGGUUCCGACAAAGUGGAAGCAGUUAUCGUGGACGCAGCCAAUGCAACGUUUGUCGAAUAUGGAAAUAAGCUUUACAUUACGGACUCAUGGGAUACUGUUCAAGUCCUGUCUGGGUGCUGUGGUCUUUAUGGUUACAAUGAUUAUGAAUACACGGCAUGGGCGGACACACAUACUGAAGAAUUCCCUGAUAGUUGCUGCACGGUUGAAAGUAUUGAAACUGGCACGUACGUGAACACUACGAUAUGCCACGAGAAAAACUCUGAAUACUUUUAUGCGGAGGGCUGUGUGACGUACCUAAAGGCAUUCAUCAAAGAUAACAUAUACAACGUUGGUGGCGCUGUCAUCGGCAUAGCCGUUCUCCAGUUGCUUGGACUUAUCUGCGGGACCUGGUUAUGCUGUGCUGUGAAGAAAGACUGACCUUUGACCUUGAACCGACUGUCAUUACAAUAACGCGUAGACCAGAACUUUCUACGCAACAACUACUUUAUGUAAAUUAGAUAACGUUCUGUUAUAUUGAGACCAUUUUCCAACUGUACGCUCCUUGAACUAAAUUUCUUUCAUAUCAAAUAAUGUUAUUGCGAUUUAUUCACCCAGUUACUCUGUGGAUUUCGGUCAUAGAAGUGUGCCCCAAAUGUAUACAAGUAUUAGUAUGUGGAUAGUAAGUCUCGGACUAACUCGGAUCCUGCCGAUCCUGCCUCUGAUCGAGGUAACGCGCCCUCUACCGGGCACUGUGAGCUCGAAUGGGACAGCUCGAGUUAUGACCAUUUUUUUUAUUUUUCCAUUUUUUUUUAUACAAUAUUAAGUAUUAGAUAUUUUGAACAGAUAUUAAAUGAUAUAUAUUUCUAAAUCAGAA